GCGCAUCGCUGGUCGGAGGACGAGCCGACGUUCCAGGAUUUUCAGGAGGUCUCUAGUGCCCCUGCGGAGACACAGGUGAAGAUGAAGGGGGAUUCGACCGGGUGGGCGAAGGUGGUCAGGUUCUGUGCGGAGGCGCGGCGCCGGGGGAUCGCGUUUGGGUGGGCGGACACGUACUGUAUCGACAAAACGAGCAGUGCGGAGCUGGACGAGAGUAUACGGUCGAUGUUCAGGUGGUACCGGAACUCGGUGGCGUGUUUUUUGCAUCUCGCGGGCACGGCGACGCUUGGUGAUCUCGAGGGCGACGAGUGGUUCAAGAGGGGGUGGACGCUGCAGGAGCUGCUUGCGCCGUCUAGGAUUUUGUUCUUUGUCAGGGAGUGGGUGUCGCUGUCGCUGCUGGACAGCGAGAAGACGGCCGAGUCGGGGAUUAUCAAGCGCAUCUCUGCGAUCACGGGGGUCUCUGUUACGGAGUUGUGUACGUUCGCGCCGUCGAUGGAGAACGUGGUCCAUAAGAUGUGUUGGGCGGCGAGCAGGCGCGUGACAAGAGACGAGGAUGGCGCGUACGCGUUGAUGGGCAUCUUUGGCGUGUCGAUGCCGAUCGCGUACGGCGAAGGAGGGGACCAGGCGUUCGUCAGGCUCGUCGAGGCGAUCAUGAUGGCUGGCGGACAUCCCACUGUGCUCAACUGG